AUGGCACAAGUCCUCUCCGUUCUCACAAAGAAGCGAUCGGCGGCAGCCCUCAUUAUCGCUCUCGUCUAUGCAUUGUUCAAAGUAAAGAGCCACUUUCAACGUCAAGCAGCUGCAACCAACAAUGCACGCAAGGGCAGCAGCACAAGCAACCAGCAGCAUCGCAAAGGCAAAGCUUCCAAGCAAAGAGUUGGCGUCAAUUCCCACUUCUUCAAGCAAAUGCGCGAGCUCCUUCCAAUUUGUAUACCUGGUUUGUUCUCUAAGGAAGCAGGUUUGCUUGGAGCACUUGCAACUGUAUUGAUUGCUCGCACAUGGCUUGAUAUUUGGUUUUCUGGAUUCAACGGUGCCGUGGUGAAAGCAAUUGUAUCACGCAACCGGGAAGCGUUUAUUGCUCGGGCAAUUGUUGAGUUCGGCUUUAUGAUGUGGCCCAUGAGUAUCGUCAACAAUUCGCUCAAAUUGACCAUCAGUGCAUUGGCCUUAUGUUUCCGUGAACGAUUGACAAAGUUUGCACACAACCAAUAUCUUGAUGGUAUCACCUUCUACAAGAUUUCCAACAUCGAUAACCGCCUUCAAAAUGCGGAUCAGCUCCUGACUCAAGACAUUGACAAGUUCUCGGAGAACCUUUCACACUUGUAUUCCGAUAUCGCCAAACCGAUUGUUGAUAUUUUCUUGUUCGCAUAUAAGCUUGGAGAGGCCAUUGGUUCAGAAGCUCCAUUCUUUAUGAUUGGCUACUUUGUUCUCUCGGGUGUGGUGUUGAGAGCUUUCUCUCCUCCAUUUGGUCGAUACACGGCGAUUGAGCAAAAGUUGGAAGGCGACUUUAGAUUCACCCAUUCUCGUAUCAUCACCCAUUCCGAGGAGAUUGCAUUCUACCGAGGUGGUGAACGUGAGAAGGAAGUGGUCAACAAUACAUUCCAAAAGAUUGUCAAUCACGUGCGUAAGGUGUAUACGCUACGCUUCUUGAAUGGUAUCUUCGACUCUGUUCUUGUCAAAUAUUGUGCCACCAUGACUGCAUACUACUUAUUAGCACGUCCUGUUUUUGAUCAGCGAUAUGCUACUUCUCAUAUGGGCGCUUUAACCGAUGAUCCUGUGAAGCUUAUGGAAGACUAUUCUCGAAAUUCAAGCUACCUUAUCAACCUCUCUCAGGCUGUUGGAAGGCUGAUUUUGACGGGUCGUGAUUUGACUCGUUUUGCAGGCUACACGUCUCGAGUUGCCGAUUUGUUUGAUGUCUUGCGAGAUGUUCGAAAGGGCAAAUACAACCGCACUAUGGUCUCUACUGAUGAAGAAUCGACGCAGAAUAUGACUGUUUCAACUGAUGACAUGAAGGGCAAAGUGAUUGUCAGGGAUGGUGUUAUUGUGUUCGACCAUGUACCUAUCGUAACACCCAACAACGAUGUCUUGCUCAAAGACCUUUCCUUCAAGGUGAAGACGGGAAUGAAUUGUUUGAUUUCAGGCCCCAAUGGAUGUGGCAAGAGUUCUUUGUUCCGUAUUCUUGGUGAUUUAUGGCCAUUGUUUGGUGGUACGGUGACAAAGCCUGAAGCUUCCAAGCUCUUCUAUGUACCCCAAAAACCAUACCUCGCUCUUGGAACAUUCCGUGAUCAAGUUAUCUACCCCGAUACCGCUGAGGAAGCCUUGGCACGCGGAUUUGAUGAUCACUCGCUGAUGGAGCUGCUGGAUACAGUGCAUCUUGGAUAUCUCGUGGAACGUGAAGGUGGUUGGGAUUCUGUGCAGGAUUGGGCUGACGUACUUUCUGGUGGUGAGAAGCAACGUGUUGCCAUGGCUCGUCUAUUCUAUCACAAACCCCAAUUUGCUAUUUUGGAUGAAUGCACCAGCGCUGUCAGUGUGGAUAUUGAAGCCAUCAUGUAUGAGCAUGCACGAAAGGUCGGCAUUACGCUGUUCACUGUUUCACACAGAACAUCCCUGGUACGCCACCACGAGUUUUUGCUUCGAUUUGAUGGUGAAGGUCAUUACGAAUUUAGAGAGCUUGACCCUGAGGAUAUCAACACACCCUUUGGUUUUGGUCAUGGAAAGUCCAAGCCUCAAGCCAAGCUGCAUGCAUAA